GAUUUAACUAUUAUAACUAUAUUACAUUCAUAAUAACUUCAAAGGAACAAACAAAGAAAAGAAACUACUACAGGAGAUAACUUAAGAAAUUUCCAUAAGAAAAGGGUUCAAAAUUCUUUACAUCCUUUUUGCUUUUUUAUUUCUUAGAUCUUUUAAAGCUUCAGUGUAAUGCUUAAGUUAAAUUUUAAAUAAUGUAAUGUUAGGUUUAUUAUUAGACCAUUUUUGUUUGUGCAUAUGGUAUUUUCCCCAUACAUAAUUAUUAAAUUAAUCACUAAAUUCCUAUUUACAAAAUGCAAUACAAAAAUGUAUCUACAGCUCCAGUUCACCGACGCUAAUGCAGAAAUGGCCUUGGCGUUGGCGCCCUCUGCCGGGUGACAUUAUGUAAUUGUUUUAAACGGCAAACAUUUAUUUGUUUUGCUUUAUUUUGAAUAUACAUAUGCAUUAAACUAUCGAUACAAGUGUUUUAAAAUAUUACAGAACUUAACAAAAACGUAAACAAUAAAAAAGUAAGUAUUAAACUGGCUUAGCAUGUGUAUAAUUAGCGCAUAUUAGCAUUGAGUUUAGCAGCUCCACGCAGUCGUAUGGAAGCGCCGGUGAUCGCUGUCGGUCGGAUGUUGUACGGAUCCCGUCUCCGUGAUCGAUUAGAUUGAUUAGAGGUCGUGGAUGUGUCGUGUAGGCCUCUCUCCGCUGAUCCGCUGAUCGUGAUGGAGGACUGGAGCGACUGUUUGGAUGUAGCCGUGCAGAUCACGCGCAGAGCCGGACAGAUGGUUCAGUCUGCGGUGAAGCAGGAGAAGCGGGUGAGCAGCAAGAGCACACCGACAGACCUGGUGACGGAGGCAGACCAUCAGGUGGAGGAGCUCAUCAUCUCCACGCUCAGGGAGAAAUACCCCUCACACAGGUUUAUCGGUGAGGAAUCGUCUGCUGCUGGUGUGAAGUGUGAACUGACAGACGACCCUACGUGGAUAAUCGAUCCCAUCGACGGGACGUGUAACUUUGUGCACAGUUUCCCUAUGGUGGCAGUGAGCAUCGGAUUUGCUGUAAGGAAAGAGCUGGAGCUUGGUGUCAUUUACCACUGUUUUGACGGGACGCUGUAUACGGCCAGGAAAGGACAUGGAGCCUUUUGCAACGGUGUGCGACUACAGGUUUCGAAAGAAAAAGAUGUGUCGAAGGCCCUCAUUCUCACAGAGAUCGGGGCGAAGAGAGACCCUGCAACACUGGAUAUCUUUUUAGGAAAUAUGAAGAAAUUGCUGAGUGCACCUACUCACGGUGUGAGGAUCAUCGGCAGCUCGACGCUAGCGCUCUGUCACAUCGCCAGCGGCGCGGCCGAGGCCUAUUACCAGUACGGUCUGCACUGCUGGGACAUCGCAGCGGCCGCGGUCAUCAUCAGAGAGGCCGGCGGAUACGUCAUCGACACCACAGGAGGCGCGCUCGACCUCAUGUCCAGACGGGUCGUGGCCGCUGGCUCGCGCGAGAUCGCAGACUAUGUGGUCAAGCAGCUGCAGCCUAUAAACUACGGCCGUGACGACACUGACCCCGACGACCUGCCGUGACCUCUGACCCCAUCCUAAGCCUUUUACCUCAGAACACGCCACAAUCCUGCCACGCCACAUCUGCAGCGUCCUUUAACUCUACAUUCACAUUUCUAUCGGUUUAACAUCGUCUGAUCACGGCGUACGUUUGAGUGAUUCACUUCUGGAUGAACACAAAGAUGCACUGUGACCCUGGAGCACAAAACCAGUCGUAAGGGUCAGUUUUGUUAAAAUGAGAUUUAUACAUUAUCUGAAAGCUGAAUAAAUAAGCUUUCCAUCUGGAAUCUGAGGGUGCAAAAAAAUCUAAAUAUUGAGAAAAUCACCUUUAAAGUUGUUCAAAUGAAGUUCUUAGCAAUGCAUAUUACUAAUCAAAAAUGAAGUUUUGAUAUAUUUACAGUAAGAAAUUUACUAAAUAUCUUCACGGAACAUGAUCUUUACUUAAUAUCCUAAUGAUUUUUGGCACAAAAGAAAAAUGUAUAAUUUUGACCCAUACAAUGUAUUGUUGGCUAUUGCUACAAAUAUGCUGUGCUGCUUAUGACUGCUUUUGUGCUGCAGGGACACAUAUGUGUUCAAGCAUAUUUACCUUUUUAUACCUUGUAGUUUAUUAAAUUGCUUCAUCCAUGGAAAUAAUGUUGGCAUGUUAAACGCUGGGAGUCGCUUCAGAUGCCUUGAAAUCACAAGGAUGUUGAUGAUGCCAAAUUCAGCUGAUUUUCCAUGCGCACCGUUUGAUUUGACAUUACAAAAAUGGAAAUAUCUGCUUCUGAUCAAAGAAAAGCAGCUGGUUAUGAUUCCUUCAGAUUGUUACGGUUGUGAAACACACAGCUAAUCAGAUCAUCUCUCAGGACUCGCUGCUUUUACAAACUAUGCUUCACUUUAGAGAUCACUGAAGAUUACAUAGCUUUCUAUAAAAUUCAUCUUAAAGUUUUUUUUUUUUUGUCUUAUUUUCCAGUAAAAUAUCUAAACGGUAUUACACCUUGUUUUUAGAGAAUGUGAAAUAUUAUUACAGUUUGAAAUAACUUUUUUCUUUUUUUAAAUUGAUAUAAAUAAUGAUUUCUGAAGAUCAUGUGACACUGAAGACUGCAGUAAUGAUGCUGAAAAUACAGCUUUGAUCACAGAAAUAAAUUACAGUUUAACACACAUUCACAUAGAAAACAGCUGGUUUACACUGUAAUAAUAUUUCACAAUAAUACUGUUUUUACUGUAUCUGUGAUCAAAUAGAUGCAACUAUAGUGAGCAGAAAAGGUGUCAUUAAAAACAGUAAUGUUUCCAAACUUUUAAUAAGUACUGUAUGUAUAAUAAUAAUAAUAAUAAUUUUUACACUUUGUUUUUAAUCAAAUAGUUGUUUUUUUUCCCUGGAAUACAUGACAAAAAAUAUUGAUUCAUAAAAAUGCAGUGAAGAAAUAUAGCAAUCCGGUUCUACAUGUUCAUACACCGUUUGAUCUUGUGCAGCAGCUGGCAUUAUGGUAAUUUCUCAAUUAAGACAUCUUCAUCACCUAAACAAACAAAACAGAUCCUUGUGAUUUCAUCCAAAGUUUCCUGACACGCACUGCAGUUUUAACCUGUAUUUUACUAUUUUAUUUUAUUUUUUAAACGGAUGAUCUGCAGAUCUAAUACUUGUAUAAAUACACGGAGGUUUGAGAUUUUCUAGUUUUUCCUGCUGUGUUGAUCUUAAUGAAAUCCACUUUUUAAUCUCUCUGUAAAUCAGGGCAACAUUCCUCUGGUAUUAACUAUUAAAAUCAUACACUAAAAUCAACGGCGUCCAGUCUUUAUUC